AGUUUGUGCGAGUGCUAUUUUUGGUUCCAAGGGAAGAAACGUGAAAAUUUUCGUUCCGUGCAAAUUGUUCGAUGCAUCGGCAGAAGAAGGUGGUGUCCGUCGCGUGAAGGAAGGAAGCUCCUCCGGUGCAAAGAGAACCAACCAAACCAUAACAAAAACAAAGAAGAAAUCGACGACCUCUUCGUCUGCUGCUGCUGUUUCUUCUGCUUCAGCAGCCUGGCUGGCUGAAGAGAGUGUGUUGUGUUGUGUACACACAAAUACACUACACUCUCGAGGUAGACAGCACAGCGUAGGAAAGAAAAGCGAAACGCGUUCAAGUCGCUUCCAUCACCAUCGGGCCCGGGAGGAAGAAGUCAGGAAAUAACAAUUUAAUUGUUCUCAAUUCGAAUUCCACGGACGAGAACGACUACGGUUCGGUGUUCGAUUGGGAUUGGGAUUGAGAUUGAUAGCUGGGCUGAAGGCAACAGAAAGUCUCAUCGGUGCAGCUGUGCGUACACCGGCUUAGAACGAGAGAAAGAGUUGAAAUUCGGACACUGACCGGAUCGAAUCGAGUUGCCGACUUUUCGAAGGUGGUGGAACACCGGUGCCGGACGACAUAAGAGAUACAAGGCAUAUCUUUGCUGUACGUCUUGUAACGACAAGGAAGGAAGCCACCUUAUUUGGUGAAACGAAACCCAGAAGCACACGGACGACGGAGGUAGCCUUGUUGCACCGACGCAGCCGAGAUAAGACCGACGGCGGAAGACCUUCGGACACCCUCACGGCACACACAUGAAUAUGAUUCGAUGGCUCUGGAUGGUGCCGGUGAUGGCGUGGUGAAUCACCACGACCUCCUCCGCCUCCUCCAAGCCACAGCAAACGACGACACGCAGCAAUUGGACAACUGGCUCGUAAACCCUGAAAACGAACCCUUCACCAUAAGAUGUAGCCGCCGGCUUCGGGGUUAAUCCCGUGUGCACGCGCCUAUGUGUGUGUGUGUGCGUGUUACCUUGUUACGUAAUUACCUGUGAUCUCUCCGUGCGAAACGUUAGUGGAUUUGAUUCAACCCGCAAAUAAGAACGAUGGCCGAAAUGGGUCCACCCGGCUAUGGCGGUGGAGGUCCGCCUCCACCGGUGCCUACGGUUCGGACCUCGUCACUGCCCGGUCCGAUGCCCCAGCCCAGGAAUACGACGCAAGCAGUAGUGCACCAUCAACCUCAGCAACAAUCGCAGCAUCUUCAGCCGCAAGUGAUCGUAGCAACCGGUGCUAGCGGUGGCGGUGUUGCCAUGGUACCGCAACUUCAACUACACCAGCAACAACAACAACAACAACAACAACAACAACAGCAGCAGCUGCAACAGCAACAGCAACCGUCAAGCAAUCAGAUCUUUAACACCCCGGCAAAUCUCCCUGGCAAUAACAACAACAACAACAAUAAUAUUAACAGCAGUAGCAGCAGCAGCAGCACCGGCCUACUGAGCGGUCCGCGGUUUGUCGUUCUGCAUCGGCACAAUGGCGACUUUGGUUUCACCCUGCGGCACUUUAUCGUCUAUCCACCGCCGGAAGCAACUUCGGACCCCAACACCGAUCGCCUAGCGGCGGCAGCCGGGAUGCCCAACUUUGCCCAACCGAUGGACACCGUGUUCGUGAAGAAGGUUCACCCGAACUCGCCGGCCUUCCUGGCCGGACUGCAGGAAGGCGACCGGCUGCUGGCGGUGAAUGGCCUCUCGGUGGCCAGCUUGCCGUACGCGCAAGUCGUGGCGACGAUUCAGCAGACGCCGAAAACGCUGACGCUGCAGGUGGUGCCGAAGAACUACGACCUGCUGCAGACGUACUUCAGCGAAACGGCCUACAAUCCGGAAACGAACCAACGGCCCCAGCCUCAGCCUCAGCCUCAGCAGCAGCAGCUCUUCAUUCCAAAGGCGGCUUCGACGCCCAACUCGCGGUCUAGCGUGAGCGGAGGAGUCAAGCGACUGCUGACCGACGUCCAGGAGAAGCAGGAAUCGCUCUACAGCACGCUGCAGGAGAUUGUCGAGAAUGCCACCGCGAACAAGGCGGCCAUCUACGCGGAGGUGCCGAGGAUCCGCUCGCCACCGGUGGCGGCCGAAGCCCCCAGGGCAGCCGCCGCCGCCACCGCCAACGCAAUGCAGCAACGGUCCUCUGCCAAGCCUCUGGUCUUUGACUUUGAUCCCGUCAAACAGCAGCACUACCUAAUGUCUCAACAGCAGCAGCAGCAGCAGCAACAACAUAAGCAGCUGCAGCACGGCAAGGACAGUGAUUCGAUCAGUUCGUACGAUUCGGUAAAGUCCGCCGCGACCCUCUCGGCCAACGAUGUCCUGAUGGGCGGCGGCGAUAGUGCAAUAAUGUCCCGAUUGCGGAAGAGUUUCGAGCAGAAGGAGGAAUUCCUGAGGCGCCCAGCGCCGGUCGUUCCCCAGUCGGCUGCCGUCGCUCCGUUCGAUGUCCAACAACGGGAAUUCUACGGGCGGCCCAACCGGUUACAGAAAUCCGUUUGGCCACCACCACCAGUACAACAGCAACAGCCACCUCCCUCCAUAACCACCAUGCCUGUGAUAACCUCCUCCAACGACCUCCAAGAUUCCUUAGCAAAACCAUCGAAAAUGUCCUCCGGGACGCAAACGACGACGACGACGACGACGCCCACGACGAUGGUGGUGGCGCCAAAACCAACUGCCACCGGUAGCAGCUUAGCAGCGGCUCGCGAGCAGCACUCAUCCCACCUGUCGGCCAUCCGGGAGCAGUUCUUCAGCGGAAUCAACGGCUUGACGGUGGAACAGGUUCAGUUUGGCCCUCCACCCAAAUCGGCACCUCCCUCGCUUGCGAUGCAAAGAGACCAACAGCAACUGAGUGGAUCGCAAUCGGCACUUCCCCUGUCGCCGCACAGUAUGCACGUUGUAUCGGAGAAGACCAAGCUGUUCGAAUCCGGGCGGCCCCUGUCGCCGGACGGCAUCGACCGAGCCGAACUGUACAAGAGCGAACUGAGCCGGAUAAACACCAAACAGGUAGUGGCGAAUGUGGCCGUGCGGCGGAAAGAGUUUGAAUUGAAGGCGGAGAGCACCGGUUGGCGAAGAUCGACAGAAGAAAAACCCCGCUCGGUAAGUUCGGAUUCCGACUCUCGUCGGACGCCGAUUCGAGUGCGGUCCCUGUCUGUCGAAUCGACCCAUAUGAAAGAUCCCUCCGUUCUCCUGUACGCCAGCACCGGCAGCAGUGACGAUCAGCAAAUCUCCAAGGAGAGCAUAUCUCCGGGACCUUGCACCCUUCUCCGACAGCGACCGGUUCGGGAAAAUUCCUACCGCAAUGCAGUCCGUAACUCGACAGCAUUUUGGUUACAAGGACCGGCCACAUCGGGAACAUUCGUACCGCCACCAUCAGCACUGAGUCCCCCGUCCUCGGCACCACCCUCGCAUACCCAUUCCUCGUUUCCCUUCUCGCCGUCCGGCGCCUCCUGCAACACAUCGUCCUCCUCCUCCUGUUCGUCCUCUUCCCUGACGCUGGGCAUGACCCCAAUCCCACCGGUUCGUACCUACGCGGCCGCGCACCACCGGCUCCAGCCCCUCUCCGAGGAACAGUUCAAGCUGAAGAUGCUCCACCGCAAUCAAACGAUCGUCGAAGUGCACAGCCAACCACCGCAGGCCGAAGAAAGCGGCGGAGCCAUCAGCAGCAGUUCCGACGAGGGAGGACCACUCGCCGCCGGUGGUGCCGACGGUGAUGUCGAUAUGAAACCAGUUCCUAGCGCCGCAGCGGUUGCAUCUUCGUCUUCCGGUGCAGAUGUUGCUGGUAGUGCGGCGGCCGUCGUCGUCGUCGCUCCGUCUUCGUCUACUUUGGCUACCGUGGCGGCUGUCCGGCCGACGACGUUGAAUUUAUGUUCAGACUCCAGCCAGGUUGUGCUCCGCCAGAAGCAGCAGCAGCCCAACUCCUCGUCGCUCACCAUCGAGGAGGAUGAGCGCAAGACCCGUCGGAUAUCGUACCUCCGGGCGACGGCCCACGACAAUCUGUUCCAGAUGAUGGAGAGCAGCGACCCUUCGGACAGCAGCCCGAUGUCCCUGCCGCCCGAUACGCCGGACACCGAGCCGGAAGCGAUCGGCGAUCAGCAGCAAUUGCAGCCAGCUUCUCAACAACAGCAGCAGCAACAAUCGCAAUCUCAGCAACCUUUGCUCGCUGCUGCCCAGCAACCGCAGCUACCGCAGCAACUGAAGAGCGCGUAUCGUCCCUGGCGACGUCCGCGACUCACCAGCGACAUUCAGCCGCUGCGAAGGCUGUUCGAUGAAUCACCCCUGGUCGUCAAUUUGCCACCGAUUCUCGAACAGCAACAGCAGCAGCAACAAUCGGAACCGUCGACGCCAACGGCGACUGCCAAAAUCGGAACGGGCUCGGUGAUGGAUCUGUCCAAACUGGUCGGUGCUGAGAGUGAUGAAGAGGAACCCGCCACCAAGGAACUGGUGCCGCAGAUCAGGGUUGGCUCGGAAGGAGCGCCGAAGCGAUCGUCCUCGCUGACGACGGCCAUGCUGAGCAGCCAGUUGAGCGGGACCAGCAUGGGGAAUCUGCACGUGAUUACUACCACGUCGGCUUCCGGUAUCGUCACGAGGAGCUACUUCUUCGCGCAAAGCCACAGUGCCAAAUCGAAAGCGUUGGCCCACUUCCGGGACUCGCCGGCGGAUCCCUCGAUGCCGGUGCUGCGCGAGGGUGAACUCAACGUCAAGGUGACGCUCAUUGAUGGCAAGCGUUCGCAGGAUCGCAGCUGGCGAACGGUUCAUGCCGAGCUCCGGGGCAGCCGGCUCAAGUUGACGUUGCUGCGCGACGGGAAGGCUUCCAGUCAGAGCCCCGAACCGUCCGGGAUAAUCGAUCUCACCAACUUUCACGUGGCCGAGGGUAACUACACCAAGCGGAAGAACGUAUUCAAGCUGACGACGGUGUCCUACCAUCACCAGCAUCAACCGCAGCAUCUCUUGCAACAGCAACAACAGCAGGUGUCGGGUCCGACCAGUGCCCAAUCGCACCAGCAUCUGGCGGUUCACCACACACAGUCGAGCGGUUUGGCCUCGUCGGCGUCGGCGUCUUCCUCCGGGGGAUCCUCUUCGGUGUACAAAGGCUACGAGAGGGAACUGCUGCUUCAGGCCGACUCCCACAAUGAUAUGCGCCUGUGGAUGGAUUCGCUGCGGACCGUCUGUCGCAGUAGUCAGUACCUGAACAGUAGUGACUACAUCAACAACUUCGGCGGUCAACAGGCCGAACCGCAACGGGUGGCCGCCCUGACCAGUGUGCAAUCGACGAGUAACGACGAAUUUUCGCCGGUUCUAUCGACGAAAUCCCACCGUAAGUAUGCCCUAGGGUCUCGAUCGCCCUCGGGUCAGUCGCCGGUCACCAAGAGCCGGAAGACUCCCCAGCAGAGUUCGGCUGCCUCGCUGGCCCCGGCCGCUGUUGCCAGCAGCGGCCAAUCCCACAGCGGAAAGGAGAGCAGCGAUAAGGAAACCGGGUCGCCCAAAUCCAAAACCUGGAAGGGUAUCGUGGCUCGGCAGUUCCGAAAAAUGCAAGGACAACCCGGUUCACCGGGUGCCCAAAAUGCGGAUAUGCUCCUACCGGACGGAGCCUCCAUCAACGUUAUUCUACAGCUGUGUCCCCCGUCGGACGAGAACCCCUACGUCCCGCUGCUCCUAGCCAAGUGCACCAACAUAGUUGAAUCCAAAGGGCUCGGAGUGAUCGGAAUCUACCGGAUACCGGGCAACACGGCUGCCAUAUCUCAACUGACCGAACAGGUCAACCGAGGCAUGGACGAAGUCACCCUCCGGGACCCGAAAUGGGACGACGUCAACGUGGUGUCGUCCCUGCUCAAGUCCUUCAUCCGGAACCUGCCGGAACCGCUGCUUCCGAACGAAAUGUACCAUAGCUUUAUCAAUGCCGACAAACUGACCGGCCAGCCAAGACUGAUCGAGCUGAAGCAGCUGCUGAUGCGAAUCCCGGUGUACAACUACGAAACGAUGCGCCAUCUGAUGCGGCACCUGAACAUCGUUUCGACGCACGCCAACGUGAACCUGAUGGAUCCGCGCAACCUGGCCAUCGUGUUCGGACCGUCGGUGGUUCGAUCCGCCAACGAGUCGCUGGAAACCGCCGUCAAAGACAUGAAACACCAGUGCCAGAUCGUCGAGGUGCUCAUUAAUCAUUAUACCUACUUCUUCGAAGACGAUCUAUUGCCGAGUGUGGCGGAGAAACAAUCAACGACCACCGUUGAUUCCGGCUUGGACGUACCGUCAGCGUCGCUGUUGCUGGAUAAUGUUUCUAAAAUUGAACUAGCCUUCAAAGAAUCAUCCAAGGAGAGUAGCUCACACUUUGUGACUCAGAUCGUACAGGCGGCCAAUAGAAAGAUUCGAAGAACGGCACAGCGCAAGAGCACCAUGUCCUCGACGACACCGGACACCCUCUCACUGGACAGUACAACGUCAGCGGAAUCGAAGGAGCAAUCGUCCCGGUCCUCACAUCACCAUCAUCGGUAUCUGCACCCGAGCAGUGCCGCUGGCGGUGCUGGAGCUAUCGGUGGCGGUGCCACCAAUCCACCGGAUCCGGCGGCCAGUCCGGGAGUACAAUCGGACGACAGUCAGAAGGAGAACCUGGUUCAGCAGCAACAGCAGCAGCAGCAGCAGCAGCAACAGCAGUUUAACUACUAUCAUCAUCGCCAUCACCUGCAACAGCAUCAUCAUCAUCUUGGGAUCCGACACCACAGUACCACCAGCCAGAGCAACGACGACAACUCAUCAGUAUUAAACCGAUCGUCCGAGGAGGACUCCAACGACAGCGCCUUUGCCGACAAUGGUUCGAUGUCCCUGAAGACGAUCACGAUCACUCUGGACAACAAGCUGCGUUCGCUGCGAAACUCCUCGAUCGACUCCGAUCGGGACGUGGUGGACACGACGCUGGAAAGCGACAACAGUAGCAGUUGCUACAGUGCCUCCCUGGGUGGUGAUGGUGCAGGUACCAACUCGACACCAACCCGCCGAUCGGUGCACCAUUCGCGGCCCCUCACCCUCGGUGAAAACAUUCCAUACGCGGACGAGUCCCCGGAACGGCCGCUCAUCCAACCCCGCUCGAAGCCACUGCGGCAGCAUAACAACAGCAACGGAAACUUUCCGAAGUCUCCGGCGGACAGCACGAGCAACAGCAACCUGGUCAAUAACAACACCACCAACAGUAGCAGCGCGGGUGGCAACGCGGACGACUCGGUAAAGUCGGCCCAGUCGCAGAAAUCGAUCGACAGCGGUGGGACGACGACCAACUCGAACGAUAGCUGCGUGACGUUGGUCAACGAAAGCGUCGAAGACGAUGACGACGAGGACAAGGUGAACAACAUCUCGAUCAGCUCGGACGAUACGGACACGUCGACGACGAGCAAUCCGCGGGAGAAGCUGACCGCCACCUACCGCAUCGAUACGGAAGUGCUGAAGAAGAUGAACCGCAUUCUGACCAACCUGGAGCGGAAGGCCAACAAUCUGGAGAGGAAGUUCAAUCUGAACCGAUCGCUUUCGCUGAACUACAAAAACCACAAGAAUCUGGAGUGCUGCUGUGGUCACGCGGUGACCCCGGCGGCUCCCGGAGCGACCACCAUUCCGAUGAUUCAGUGCUGCAACAACAACAACAACAACAAUCUGCACGGCCACCAGAACCAGAACAACAACAACAUUAGCGUGAGUGUGAACAACAGUUUGAACAUGCGAUCGAGGCUGAUGCUGACCAAGGACGAGAAGACGGACAAGAACAUCAAUCGGCGACGGCAGAUCCACGACAUUAGCCAGACGGUCCCUGCGGCGGUGGCACCGAUGGCCACCGAUAGCAGCGGAUGUUGUGCGGCACAGCAAGGGCCGCAGAUCAUCCUGACGCCGACGGCCGCGGCGAAUCCGACCGUGCCCAGUGCUGGCGGCGGCGGUGGUGGACGCACGCGAAGGCAGAUGGGCAACCGUUCGAUCCGGCGGCGACAUACCGUGGGAGGAACGCACGAUUACUACUCGUCGAACAAGAUCGGCGGUGGCCACAAUGGAGUGCAGUGUCAGCAGCAGCAGCAGCAGCAACAGCAUCAAGGUGGUGGGGCGAGAAUGUUGGGGGCGGCUUGCGGUGCCGGGGCGGUGCCGCAGCAAGGGGUUUGCGGGGGUGACGAGAAGGGAUGUAAGGAUUUGGACUAA